ACUCGUCUGACCCUCAUCAGACGCGACGCGUCCGCGAUCACGUACGGUGCACCACGCAAGAAAUCAGAAGGUUCGUACACGUUUGUUCAGUCAUUUCGGACGUGAGAACGGAGAAAGAGACAUCACAGACAGGACCUGUCUAUCGAACACUGCCAUCAUAUAAAUUCUUCUCACUCGUUCUCGAUAUCUUUCAAACAUUGUUCAUUUUUCGAGAAGGCUCUACAAGUUACAGAAAAUUUAUAUAAAUAUUAACACAAUUAUAAUCAGACCUGCCGCGUGCGAACUUUCCAUGCAGCGAGGGUGGAGGCAACACGUCCGAAGUGACUGACUGCAACGUGAUUAGCCUGAAACACAUGGUCCGGUGAUCGUGAUCAUGAUUGCAAACCGUCUCGCGCCGAUCGUCACCCUCGUCCUCGUGGUUCUGCUGUCGACUAUUCAUCACGGAGAAGCAAUAAUAUGCUACAAAUGCAACAGCGCAUACGAUCCAAGGUGCGGCGAUCCUUUCAAUCCGUACAGUCUUGGAACGGUGAACUGCAGCUUUCGACCCCGCUUAAACCAUCUGAGCAGCCUGGCGCCGACUCUUUGUCGAAAGAUCAGUCAAAAAGUGUACGGGAAGAUCAGGGUUGUCAGAGAUUGUGGAUACAUAACGGAUGCGAGAGACAAUGGCGAUUGCUUAGUAAGAUCAGGUACUCACGACGUUCACGCAGUCUACUGCGCUUGCACCGGUGAUCUCUGUAACUCGGCCGAAAGCCACACACCGUCCUUCUUACUGCCGUUGACAUCCUUGUUGAUGGUUAUUCUGGCGAUGCCGAGUUUCCUUCUUUCGUACCCGUUUGCAAUACCUGUCUUAACCUCGCCGCACUUCUCCAUAGCCUAAACUAUUCAGCCACCAGCGGAUAACACUUAACGCCUAAAAACUGAAUCAACGAUUCAAUAGAAAAGACCGUUCGGAUCCGGAACAACACGUUCUUUGCCUGCUCGUUCAUAAUUGAAGCGCGUACAGGUUAGAUUGCGAUCAAUUUUAGAUUUUAUUAAGGAAAGAGGGAUUGAGAAUAAUUGAUGGAAUUCAAACAAAAGUUUCAGUUUCGGAAACCAAAUGUUUCGUUAGUUUCGUCAAAAUUGUAAAGUUGAAUUUUUUUACGUUUAUAACAAGUCCUAAUGGGGCAUGGGAACCGGAGGUUAUUAACGAGAUGAAAUGUAAUUACAGCUCCUCUGUUGUUAAUAUUUCUAAAAAGAUUCGCUCAAUCGAGAGCAUGGUACAUAUAGAGAUAUAUAUUAUAUAUGGACUGUCCCAGGAUUCGAACGAAUUUCGCAAAAGUAGACAAAUUACAAGAGAGUAGUUCUAACGGUGAUACAAACUGCCAGAUACGCGAGAGCGUAUUUCAGUAGUACACUUCAGUAAGAUUUCAAUGGGAAAAAAUAAAAAUAUACACACGGCCUCCGCACGUGAAACCACCCAAGAUAUCUCGCGUAAGCGUAGUAAAUAAGAGAUGGGAAAAAACUUAUUACUAUACCUGGAAAAGGAUUCCUCAAAGAAUAUAUAUAAUAUAUAUAUACAUAUAUAUACAAAUAUGUAUUAUAUUUUAUUGGAAGAGAAACAGAAAUGGAAUUGCACGCAAGAAGGAUAUUACAGCUUAUUUUUAGAGAAGUAACAUCGGGUUGCUUUCAUGAAUGCCUGGCACCGUACGCAAAUUUGUAAGAUACGACAUGAGUAUGCGAGAAUAAUUUAAAAAAUAAGAAACAAACAAAAUAGAAAGACAUAUCUUCGACGAAUAAUUUAUUUUACACUUCGUUUAAACGAAGAUAAAAUAAAUAAAUAGAAUCCGGCAUUAUGAUUGCGACCCGUAUUCCGCUGAUUUUUGCAAUAAAAUGCUGUGUAAAACGAUAGACGGUAGCGGAGGCUCGCGAAACGAAGAAAAAGAGAUAUAUAUUGAUGUGCGUAUGUGUGCGUGUAUGGUAAGUGCGCGUUCGUUGUGUGUGCACGCGACUGCGUGCAUGUGUGCGUGUAUACGUAUACAAUUCGCGUCAGAGAAACGCUAAAAAAUUAUUAAAAGAUAUAUUAUAGUUCGAUUAAGAAGUGAAACAUUGCUACUUCUUCAACCGUAGUCAACUAAUAAGAAAUCAGUAAAUUAAAACAAAAAAAGAGCAUGGACAGAAAACCAAAAAAUAACACAAGAAAAAUACAGAGGUCGUAAACGAAAACUGUAAUGAAGAUGUAGAAACUAUCAUCUAUGGAGAAAGUAGAGGGUAAAGUAGAACGCUUAUUGAAAGAAACAAACGAAAAAAAAUAAUAAAAAUAUAAUAAAAACGAACACACAUAUGUCUCACCGCAGUACGUAUGUAAUUAAUCCCCGCUAUCGUUGUUGUCACUGUGUCAUAUCAUCACUAUCGUCACAUUAUUAGUACGGUUGCUAAUUACUACCAGCACCAUCAGUACUACAGCUAUUAACUGCUACUACUAACUAAUCAAUAUCAUCACCAUCGUUAUUAAUAUUAUCGUAUUAUUGCUAUUAUUAAUUCAUGUUUUUCUUGUUAUUAUUGAGUACUGGUCAAAAUAAAAUACGGAUGACCUCAGUAGAAAGGACAUGAAGAAACGAUGGCGAACGUUUUGACACCUUAAGAGACGGAAAAGUAUUCGAAAAUAGUAGCAAAUAUGGACAUCAGGUACAAAUAGGCUUGAUAAUCAUGGUUUCGAUUUCGUUUCAUUGUGGACUGCGGUUGACGACAGAUAAAAAAGCACGAAAACAUUGUUUUACUAUAUAUUUGCUUGAAAGUACUUACAUGUACUUUGUAGUAUCUUCAUACAAAUCGCAAUUGUCUCAAAAGAAUUGUCAGAAGAAUUUCCACUGGAAAAUUUAAUUCUGUACUCCACGACGAUUCUAUUUCUUUUUCUUACAUCCGAUAUACAUAAUACACGACGAAUGCAUGUCUUUUCAAAUGACAGAUCUGGAGCAAUAGAUAAGAACAAGACAGACAGCCACAGAUAAAGGACAGAAUAAAUGAUAAGGACAGUUAGAAAUACAUACAUAUGUAUUUCGUUAUGUUCCGCUCAAUUACAUACACUAGUCGAUUGAUUGGUUCUUUUAGAAAAUUAAAAGUUGAACAUUAUAUCUUAAAAAUGCCUAGUGAUACUGUAAGCUUUUUUAUUUUUACUUAAAAUUCGAAUGUAGAUGUAAUACAAAAGAUAAUAUAAUCACAUAGUUGUUUAGACAAUUUCAGAGUUUGAUUCGAAAGAUUAGAAGUUUGUCGCGAAUUGCUCUAACUUAGUGCAUGUAAAAUUGAUACAGUCUAUCACAGAAAAAAAAAAAAUAAUAGCGGUACCCGUAAUAAACAAAGAAAUGCGCGAGUGUAUAUGUAUUUUGUGAUGUGUCUAUAGGCAAAACGUGAAUGAAAUCUUUUCUCGCUAUACUUCUCUAAAUGUAUCGUGAUCAACGAUGACCAUAGGAAACUGUCACGUUCUACAAUGAAUAAAAAUAAACAUUAAUAAUAUUUUUUCUUAUUGUCCUUUUUCCUUCUACUGUGCCUGUGGUACAUCGUAGAAAUUUCAUCUAACAUCGAGCGGAAUGUAACGAAACUGUUUUUCCGAGUAACUACUUGCAUAAUACGUUUUAAUUAAUUUUCAUACAUAUCAUUCGCCGAUAAUCAUUCAUCAUACUUCACAAUGAAAUAAAACUACUGGCGACACUGCCUCCCUUAUACAA